AUGAAUAAACUAAAAUUGCUCCGACAGUGUGGCGGUGACAGUCAGGCAGUGAAACCAAGCAGUGGAGCCAAGCAGUGUAGCAACAAGCAGCCCACAAAUACAGCAGCGUUGCGUCGUGAGAAUGCAGCACAAGAUGGUAGCAGACAAACGCAGCAAAGCGUGGGUCGUACAGGAACCUUCAUCGCCAUUGAUCGCAUCAUCUUCCAGAUCGAACGUGAAAGCAUAGCGGAUGUGUUUGGCAUCACCUAUGAAAUGCGUAUGCACCGGCCGCUCAUGGUCCAGACAGAGGACCAGUAUGUGUUUCUUAACCAAUGUGCUUUGGACGUCAUAAAGUCAAGGAUGGGCACCAAUGUGGACCUGAUUUACCAAAACACAGGAGCAAUGGACAUUUACGAAAACCUUAAGCCUAACUUACCAUAAUUUAAGACUGUAUAUGUAUGGUGAUUCAUACAUUUAACAGAACUGGAUGUCCAUUACACAACUUCAUUUAAUUGUUCAACAACAUAGAAAUAUAUUUAUUCUUCUAAGGAUUUGUAAAUAUUUAUUAGUGAAAUGGAAGGAUAUUUUGAUAGAAGAAUACAUACAGAGGGAGAGAUAUAGAGAAAGAGAGGACGAAGUAAUUGUAUUAGGGCAGAAUAUCUUAAAUGUAUGUAGACAUUCAACAUAGACCAGGUAUGAAUUUUUAUUAAGAUAAGAUUGUAGAGCUUAGAGUUUUUGUGGGCUUUUGCGUUUGGUGGUUUGCAUUACUGUAUCCUGCCUUACUGUCUAUGCACUGAUUUUCUAAUAACUGCCUAAAAUUGUUACUGUGAGAUGUAUAUUUUCCUUUAUGCUGAUACACUUCAUGCUUCUAAUGUACUUGCACUUAAUGACCACUGGGGGGGGGGGAGGGCAUGUUGUACCCUUUGUUUUAUGAAACUCUUUCAGACUGUUAUGUUGGGACCAUUUUUCAAUGACAUCAGGCUAUGUUAUCCAUUGCUAUUUAAAUGUCUUCCACUUUAAUUCAAAGGGAUAAAUCUACUGGAGUCUAAAGUCUACAUUACACAAGGUGUAAAGUUUUUUACCACCCUCUAGUGCCUGCAUGUUAAUAAUUAUACGAUAAUUUAAGAUGUCUGUUAAUAAUGAAUAGCUGUUUCACUGUAGGUACACUCCUGUUUCCUCUCAGAGGUGCAGCGGUAGAAGGUACAAUUGUGUCAUAAGUUUUAUGUCACAUGUUUUAUAUGUUUUUAAGAUGUUGCUCCAAUCACUCCCAAGCUAUGACUCCAAUUAAUGUACAAUACAUUUCAAUACAUUUUAUUAUUUGUUUUGAAAUAAAAUCAUUAGCAGACACACGACACAUCAUGAGAUGUAAACUUGAAACAGGUUUAAGAAAGCCAUGGAAGGAUUCAAGAGAUUCCUCUUUUAAGUGAAAUGGCAGGGGUUUUCACAACAUCACUUGUCGCAGAAUAAAUAGAACCUUCAGGAAGCUAUAGAGUCAUCUUUGCAUAGACUACCACUUCCAGGAAUAAGCAUGAGAAAAGAAUGAGAAAUCCUUUAAAGAAAUCAAUUUUAGUGUUGAAAUAUCAUUAUUCAACAUAAGUAAGAAGAAGAUGUUUGUUCACUUCAAACUAAAAAUAGGCAUAUUCCUUUGAUUCCUUUUCAUUGUAUAGCACACAGUGUUUAUUUUUACGCAAAUGCAAAAGUGGUUUUUACUUGGUAUUUUUUGUAUGUAACAGAGAUACUGCUGAAGAGUUAACAUUUUAGUUUUGUUUUUGGUAAAGAAAAUGAUGGCUUUAUUGUAAAAUUCUGUUUUGUAUUCUUGUUUGAGCUUCCUAUGCACUGCAGACACUUUUACAAUAUUUUUUACUUUUACAUGUACAUUUCCUACUUCUAUUACUGUAUUGACAGGAGAAAAAUAAAACUCAGAAUUGAUA